AUGGAAAACGAAACCGUGGAUGAUAUUCUUCUCAACCCAUUUGCUAGACGAUCAUUUCAAGAAAAGCUGCUUAUUUCAAGCACACCUGUGCCACAGCCUAAGCUUGAGAACUUGAAAUCGCAGUUCCCCAGAGGAGGGAAAGUUAUAACUCGUAAUUUCAACGUAUCAGCAUACGAUACCAAAUGGUUGAGCGGUUCGAAGGUGCGAAAUAAGCUGUUCUGUUGGCCGUGUUUAUUGUUCCAAAAUCCGGAGGACAAAUGCGUGUGGAUUAAGGAAGGCUUCAGUGAUUUAAAUCAUUUGUCAGCUGCCAUUAAGAUUCAUUCGGCAAGCAAGGAGCAUAUUGCCAAUGCCAUGGCACACAGGACAUUUGGAAAAAUCCGCAUUGAUGAAGCAAUGAAUCAUCAGAACCAUAAUUUGCAGGUGAAAAAGAAUAGAGAGGGUAUGCAAACUUUGGUUGAUCUCAUCUGCUAUCUCGGAUCACAUGGUCUGAGCUUCCGUGGCCAUAACGAAACCGAAAACUCUGUGAAUAGAGGAAACUACAAAGACCUAUGUGAAUUCAUUGCUACAAGAGAUUCAUCAUUCUUGGAGUUCACUACUAGUAGUCAAGUGUUUUCGGGAAUGUCUGCAUCAAUUCAAAACGAACUCAUUGAAGUGAUUGGAUCGUUGAUGAUUGAGCAAAUUUCGCGUGAAGUUGAUGAAGCUGAAUUCGUUGCAGUAAUGGUGGAUGAAACAACAGAUAUUUCCAGGAAAUCACAACUUGCUACCACAUUACGGUACUGUUUGAAAAAUGGUAAGUAG